AUGGAAAAGUUGAAAUAUUGCCCUGGAAUGUGGGAUAACAUCACCUGCUGGCCAAACGCAGAUUACGGGGAUGUGAUAUCUGUCAACUGUCCAGGAUUCUUCCGAAUCAUUAACUCCAAUGAUGUUCUAGGGAUAAUUUACCGAAACUGCACCAAUGAAGGUUGGUCUGAAACCUUUCCCCACUACUAUGAUGCCUGUGGAGUUGAUGAAAAUAUCACGGAAAUCGAUGACCAGGAUCUGUACUAUGUAUCCGUGAAAGCUCUCUACACUGUGGGUUACAGCACCUCCCUGGUUUCUCUAGCAAUUGCAAUGAUUAUACUCUGUCGCUUUCGGAAACUGCAUUGCACUCGCAACUACAUCCACAUGAAUUUAUUUGUCUCCUUCAUCCUGCGGGCAAUAUCGGUCUUCAUCAAGGACGCCAUCUUGUACUCUGAGGACGAGGUCACUCACUGCUCCAUCACUACGGUCCAAUGUAAAGCAAUGAUGGUCUUCUUCCAUUACUGUGUGAUGUCCAACUACUUCUGGCUGUUCAUCGAGGGUCUCUACCUCUUCACUCUGCUUGUCGAAACUUUCUUCCCCGAGCGGAGAUACUUCUACUGGUACAUCCUUAUUGGCUGGGAUUCGCCCUGCAAUGAUCUCUUUGACCAAGAUGCUGCUCAUUCUGCCUACAGCAUUGCUCAACAUAAAGAGGGACUAGAAGUUGUGGUUAAGGCACUGGCCUUGAGAGGCCCAGGAUAA